GUCUUUCCGUUCAAGGAAAGCGCGAUUUGCAGCAUCACUCCGAAGAAAAGUAAAGUCAAAUUAGUCGGUGUAUUCACGUUAUCUUCAGCGUUUGGCUGCAGUUUUCGAAAGGUUUAAACACGAGGAGGAUGGACGGCACCGGGCCAGUGUGGCAGCAGAUCGGUUCCAGCUUUGUGCAGCACUACUAUCGGUGUUUCGACACGAACCGAUUACUUCUGGGAGACCUUUACACUGAUACCUCUUGCUUAACAUGGGAAGGAGAAGGUUUUUGUGGAAAAAAUGCAAUACUUCAAAAGUUAACUCAAUUACCAUUUGAGAAAGUUCAACACAGCAUCACUGCGGAAGAUCAUCAGCCCACACCUGACAGCUGUGUUAUCAGCAUGGUGGUCGGACAGGUUAAAGUGGAUAAUGAUCCUGUCAUGGGUUUUCAUCAGCUGUUCCAUCUAAAGAAUGUUAACAGCAAAUGGAUCUGCACUAAUGAUAUGUUCAGAUUGUCUCUUCAUAAUUUUGGGUAAAUGUUUUAUGUAAAGAUGCUGUGUAGAAAUAAGUAUUAAAACAUUUUUGUGUCCUGUUAGUCUUCAAGUCUUACAUAUAGUGCAUGCUCAUUUAGAAGAAUAUUUUUGUUACAAAAUUUAUUAAAAGCAUAAAUUUUGUUUAAAAAAAUCAUCUUAUGAAAGAGUGUUUCAUUUGUAGUUAGUACCUUGAAGAUUCUUUAUUGUGAUUACCAUUUUCCUAUCUUGUAUUUGGCCUGAAAAGAUGCACAAACAAUAAAAGGAAUAGGGCAGUUUCUAA